CUUAACACAGCCGUCACUGGGGACCACCAAACCGGGAUUCUAACAGGUACUUCAGCCAAGUCAGUGAUGGUUACAGGCGAUACCACAACCCUCGAUUUAUUCGAGACAUCGACGCCUCCGGCAACUGAUAAGUUAAACGGGAGUUCAUUUACAACAGAAACCGCAGCUGACCGAACAGUCAAUGUGUCAAAACAGUCUCCUACCAUGUCAUCUACAGACGAACUCGCAACGCUUACAUCAGAAGUGACGACCCAUUGGCCUGGAGGAAACACGACUAACAAUGUCGUGAACAGCACCUGCACGUGCCGGGCAUGUUCUGCUAAAAAUACUAACUACAGUCGGGAGCAGUUGGAGGGUCUGGUGGCGGAACUGAGGCAGAAACUACAGGUGAAGCGUAAAGCCACGACCAAGUACGUGCGAACCCUGACGUCUGCCCCAGACCAGCGAACGUCAUCAAAGGUGGUGGGAUACAUAGCGGGGAUUGUCCUCGUAACCAUGGCAGUGGGCCUGUUGGUCAUAGACAGUCCGAACCUACUGGGCAUGCUCAAGACCAUCAAAUGUAACCUCUUUUCACAUAAAUCAUCAGGAUGUUCCUGUUGCAGGAAAAGGGGACGUAACUUUUAAAUGGAUCAGUUUUGUUUUAAACAAAUAUAAUCAUCCAACCAGAAUGUAACUGUGAUGACGAAUAAAGACGUAUUGAAGCAGUGUG